AUGUCUUGCUACGAGCAGUGCAAACAGCCCUGCCUGCCUCCUCCCAUCUGCGUGCAGAAAUGCACAAAGUGCGUGGAGCCCUGCAAGACGGUGUGCGUGGAGCCCUGCGGCAGCGUCUGUGUGAAGCCCUGCGAGGUCUGCCCGACACCCUGCGCCACCCAGUGCACCACGUCCUGCACCUCCCAGUGUGUGGAGCCUUGUGCCACCCAGUGCACCACGUCCUGUACCACCCAAUGCGUGGAGCCCUGCAGCACCCAGUGCGUGGAGGUCUGCCCCCCUAAGUGCAUCGACGUCUGCAUAAAGCCAUGUGCCACUCAGUGCGCAACCCAGUGCACCACCCAGUGCGUGGAGCCCUGCGUCACCGAGUGCUGCACCAAGUGCGUGGAGCCCUGCCCACCCCCUUGCGUGGAGGUGUGUGCCACCAAGUGCGUUGAUUCGUGCGAGACGGUGUGCCUGGAGCCAUGCAGCACGGUCUGCUCUCACCAAUGCUGA